CAGCUUUGAAACCUUGUCGAGCAACAGAUUUGACACGCCAGGAAGCCUCUUAUCUCGUGGUUUUGAGAGUGCUAUCUAGAGCAAUAGCCCCGGGAUUUACUGCCGCCCUUAAGCUCAUCCGUAUACGCUAGGGGCCAGGGGAAAUCACGUUCAAUAUAUCGAUCUAAUGAGUCCGCCUUCAACCAGAACAAUGACGAACCAAAUCCUCCGUGCCGCCGGCCUCUUCCAAGCCCUCCUCACCACCCCCAUCGCCCUCACCCUCGGCUUCCUCGCCUUCGUCCAGCUAUGGGAUAACUACGAAACCAUAUACCGCUUCCUCACGUACACCGUCAACGGUCUCCUCGCAACUAUAAUCCUCUUUAUCCUCCUCAUCCAGAACCGCAUGCCAAGCCUGUCCGCCAACAUAUCGUUCAUCCUGGAGGUUGCAAAGUCGCUGCUGGCGACGUUGAUGUGGCUGUGGCUUGUGCUGGAUAGUGCGUAUGCGGAACAUGGGAACAAGUACAGAGAGCCAUCGAACGAUAGGUUUCUCCGCGUUAUGAGGGCGUUUAUUGCUGGGUUUGCUUUGUUGGUCAUGUUUUAUCCGACUGCGAUUUACGCUACAUAUGUGGCUCGCGAGGGGAGGAAGAACGGCCUGGCCAAGCGGGAUGCUGUAGUGGAGGAAGGCGAGCGGACCCCGCUCUUGUCACAGGAAGCCUAGAGGAUGGCCAUAAGAGACUUAUGAUCUUGAUUUUGGCGGGCGAACCGUUGGAGAUCUUUCAGGUAUACAGCUCGCUAGGCAAGAAUUCAUUUCUACUGUGCAGAAGGCUACGUAUGAAUCCUACUUCAAGUUACGAUAUAUGACUUUGUAUAUAGAAUAGUCGUUAAGAUAACUAAUAAUUUUUAAUAUCGGGA